UGGGGUCCUUCCAGCGCGGAUUAAAUCGACGAGCCUAAAUUGCUGUCAUUCACCGUUAAUUUUAGUCAUUUAUAUCCUAUUUAAACGAUUUAAAUAUGUCCGGUAGAGAAGGAGGCAAAAAGAAACCACUCAAGGCGCCCAAGAAACAAAACAAGGAAUUGGAUGAUGAAGAUGUUGCCUUCAAGCAGAAGCAGAAGGAAGAGCAGAAAGCCAUGGAUGCGUUGAAGGCCAAAGCAACAGGAAAAGGACCUUUAGCCAGUGGCGGGAUCAAGAAGUCGGGGAAGAAGUAGAGUCUGAAGAUGAUGUUGCCUAGCAACCUUCAGUUUGUUUUUCACUGGUAAACAUGAACCCUGCAACACUCAGAAGCUGUUCCUGCGCUGAGCUCUUCCAGCUCUCAGUACAGCGCAGAAAAUGACCUUUUUUUGAGUGAACAGACAACAACAUGCCUCCCCCAAAGAAGAAAAGUAAUUAUCUCCCUUCAGACCCAACAACUAAAUUAACUCUGACCGUUUAUGAAAUGUCUUUAUUUUUUAGCAAAAAUAAAAAGGAACAUUUCUUCAGUGGAAAAUGUUUAACAGAAAAGACCUGAACUAUGUUUGUGUUGUAUUGUGAAGUGGGAGAUGUCAGUAAAUUUUUUUUGUAAUUAUGUCUCGUUUUAAGUGUUUUUUUUUCUUUUUGUUUUGUUUUGAUGGAAGCAAAAUAUCCAAACUGAUAAAAUGGUGAUUAUGGCAA